UUCAAGGCUUCAGUCUAGAAAAUGUCAGAUUCAGAUGACAUGAUGGUGACAAAUUCAAAUGAAACAGUUGGGAACCAAAAAUCUGAUGAUAGUGAUGAGGCAGAAAUUUUGGAGAAGGCUCCGAAAACAUGGCAUAAGAAGAAGAGAGUGGGGAAAAAACCAAAAGCCGAAAACAAUGGAGGUAAGAAGAAAAAAAACUUCUGAUGCUUGGGAACACUUUCAAGUGCUUGCAAAUGAUGUAGAUCAUGCUAAAUGUGUUUAUUGUGGAACAAAAAUUGGUUGUAAAAGUGUAAAUGGAACUAAUGGCAUGAAGCGACACACUGAAAGGUGUAAAAAAGCUCCAUUUUACAGAGAUAAAACUCAAACAAUCUUAGAUUUUGAGUCUAGGACACAAAUUAAUACUGAUGGGACUGUUCAGACCGUUAGUGUUCCUAAAUUGUGGAGAUAUAAUUAUGAUGAGAUUAGAAAAGCACUUGCUAAGAUGUUGAUUGUAGAUGAGCUGCCUUUUGCUUUCGUUGAACGUGAAUGUUUUCGUCAGUUUUGUAAAGUUGCUUGUUCUGAAUUUGUUACUCCCUCGUGUGCUACAAUUACAAGGGAUUGUUAUGGUCUUUUUAUUGAAAAAAGGGAGGAGUUAAUGAAUGUUUUCAAUAAUUUUUCAUCUAGAGUAUGUCUUACUACAGAUACAUGGACAUCGAGUCAAAAUUUGUCAUAUAUGUGUCUUACUGCUCAUUUCAUUGAUGAUAAUUGGAAAUUACAUAAGAGGAUCAUUAACUUUUGUCCUGUUUCUGGUCAUUCUGGGGAGCUUAUUGGUAAAUCUGUUGAAAAUUGUUUGUUAGAAUGGAAUGUAAAAAGGGUUUUAAAUGUGAUAGUUGACAAUGCUAGCUCAAAUGAUUUAGCUAUAAAAUACUUGAAAAAAUUCUUUAAUCUUUGGGAUGGGUGUGUGUUGAAUUCUGAUUUUUUGCAUAUGAGAUGUGCCGCACAUAUUUUGAAUUUGGUUGUCAAAGAUGGCUUAAAAGAUGUGAAUGUGUCUGUUUUAAAAGUUAGAGCUGCUGUGAAAUAUGUGAGGUCUUCUCCUUCUAGGCUUCAAAAGUUCAAGUCUUGUGUUGAAGAGGAGAAAAUCACUUCCAAAGGUCUUGUUUGCCUAGAUGUUGAAACAAGGUGGAAUUCCACCUAUUUGAUGCUUAAGAGUGCUUUAGUGUUUAGGAAAGCCUUUAAGAAUAUGAAAACAAAGUUCUCUCCUUACACUAAAGAGCAUAUGAAGCAACCGGUAGGGGGUGCUCCCGAUGAUGAGGAUUGGGAUAAAAUUCAAAGUUUCUUGCCUUUUCUUGAAAUUUUUUAUAAUGCUACUUUGAAGUUGUCCGGAUCCCAUUAUGUGACGGGAAAUACUUUUGUGGAAGAGAUUUAUGAUAUUGGGUACACAAUAUAUGACUAUGUUAGUGACCCAAAUGAUGAUGUGAAGAAAAUGGCAAAACAAAUGAAGUUGAAAUUUGACAAGUAUUGGGCAAAUGUUCAUAAUAUUAAUAUUUUGAUGUUCAUUGCAUUGAUUCUUGAUCCUAGGAAUAAUAUGAAGUAUACGGAGCACAUUGUGCGUAAUUCUUAUGAUGUUAGUAGUUCCUAUACUUUGUGUCAACGCAUUCAAGAUGCAUUCAAUUCAUUAUAUGAAUCUUAUGCACAAAAAGUAGAGUCAUCUUCUACUAAUCUUGCGCUCGGCUAA